AUGUAUCGGAAGUUGUCUAAGUUAGAACACUCGGAAAUAAAACAACUUCUUACAGAAGCUAACAUAGAAGUAGCAAAGCAUUACGCAACAAACAAAAAAGCACUCGCUGACAUCCUCAAUGACUAUAAUGGUGCAAUAAGUUAUGAUAGAAUUCAUGAGUUCAUAAAGCCGCAACGCGGCGAGGACGAAGUCCAUGCAAGAGCAUUUCCUUUAAAUGACGUUGCUAUUGACUUAUAUCAUAGACGUUCAGUACCUCAUGAAGUAAGAAGAGAAAUGUUUGACAUAACAAAUGCAAACGUUGGUCAUACUCGUAAAGCUCUUUCGCAUGAUGUUCGUCAAGAGAUGUUUGACAUAACAAAUGCAAACGUUGGUGAAACACGAAAGAGAGACGACACACUGAAACAACAGAGAAGAGAGAUGUUUAAGAGCGCUAUAGAACAAGUUCGCAAAGCUAACGAUGUCAUUCGUUCCAUUGACGACAAACCAAAAGAAGGUGAGAGAUGGUUAAAGAAAGAUGAAGAGAAUAGGAAGAGAAAUGUGAAGUCAGGCAAUAGACUCAUUGACUUUAACAUCGAAGCUUUAGAUGAACCAAACAGAGACUACUUACACAAACAUUUCGGUAAGGUUUUCAUGAGACUCUUAGAGAAGAUUAAAAUAAACUCCCAACAAAGAUGGAUGGUAUGUUAUAAACUUGGUGGAAAGUAUGAAUGUUCUACGUUAAACCUCAAUAAUAUUGGAACAUUACUACAUCAGCUCUUGAAGGAGAACUUUAUAUCAGAGAUAGAAGCAAAUGCUGCAGGUAUUGUUGAAAUGCACUAUGACUUCUUCUUGACAAACAUAAAGAAUCUUACUGAAAUAAAGAUGUAUGAUUUAACUGAAUAUGAAGGCUUAACGAUGUCAGAUGUAAAGAAAGGCAAACCAAAAAAGAGACCAUAUAGAGAUGAAAGCACACUGACAGAAAGACAGAAAAGAUUAUUGAACAGACUUAAACAAACAGGAGAUAAACAAGAUAUAGAUGACUUCUGGAAUGAAAUCCUUGGUGAAAAGAAGUUUUAUAAGAAGAGAAGCGGUCAGUUCUGGAAGUAUCUUUGCACAUUACCUAUAAAUCUUGAACGCUACCAAAUCUUCAAUGAACUGAACAAAAGAACUGCAACACUUAUGACAGAGGACAAUUGUUUCGUUUAUGCUUGCAUUCAGGCUGGAGUAAAUGAAGAAACUAUUGACCACAUGAGAGAAGUCAUUCGUGUUAGAGACUUUCCUCAAAGUAAAGUACAAGAAAUUUCCGAUUCAACAGGUAUAGCAUUCAAUGUUACCAUUG